AUGGCUGUGGGCAAUAAGGCGCUGGGUGUCUUUGCUGGUGCCGCGGUCUUUCGCUUGGCCGUAUUCUUCCUUUUUCCAAGCAUCCCAGAUCUUCUCAGCACACAGGUGGAACUGUCAACGCCAGUAUCGAGCUUCAAGCGAGUGAAGGAAGGACUCUUCCUCUACGAACGCGGUGUCUCACCAUAUGAUGGAGGGUUAUUCCAUCAGGCACCCUUACUUUUAACCAUCUUCGGACUCUUCCCACCUUCUCUGGUGUUCACUGCCUUGGAUAUCGUUAGCGCCACAGCCUUGAAAACGCUUGCGGACAAUGUUCGACUAGCCUCACCACGCUUCAAACCUCUCGACGGCAACGUCAUUGCAGCGGCAUACCUUUUCAAUCCCUUCACCAUUUUCUCAUGCUUCGGCUGUUCCACAAGCGUUCUUACCAAUACCGCCAUAAUACAAUCCGUGCUUAGCGCACAUCAAGGCAAUGGCCUACAAUCCAUGCUGGCACUGGCAUUUGGAGCAUAUUUGAACAUGUACCCAGCCUUGCUCCUGCCGCCGAUCCUACUGUUCCUAUUCCAGUCUUCCGGCGUGAAGCAGCCAGAUACACGGACGGUCGUCGUGAACCUUGGUUACUUCACGGGUGCUCUGGCAGCAUUGAUGGCCAGCACUGUGCUGAUUACCGGCAGCAUCUGGGAUUUUGUACGGUCAUGCUAUGGGUUUCAGCUGACCGUCACGGAUCUGACCCCGAACAUUGGCCUGUGGUGGUACUUCUUCAUCGAGAUGUUUGAUCCCUUCCGGGAAUUCUUCAUCGGGGUCUUCUGGCUGCAUAUGGCAGGCUACGUUGGUGGGAUGACCAUCCGUCUGCAUAAGGAGCCACUGUUCGUCAUCACUAGUCUGCUGGGACUGUUUGCUAUCUUCAAGCCCUAUCCCAAUAUUGCGGAUGUGGCGGUGUAUUUCGGCUUCCUUCCGAUGUACCAACACAUAAUUCCAUUGACAAGAUACACCUUUAUCGCUGCCGCGGUCAUUCUGUACUCAGUAUUGUUGGGUCCAGCCUUCUACUACCUGUGGAUUUAUGCAGGGUCUGGAAACGCCAACUUCUUUUUUGCCAUCACGCUAGUUUGGAGUCUGGGCCUCGCCAUUCUUGUUGGCGAUACGUUGUUCGCCGUACUAAGAGACGAAUGGGAGAUCGAGAGGCCGGAAAUGAAAGGGAAAGACGUCCGACGAGUCUAG